AUUUUUUGGCUUUCGAGGUUAUGUUUUGGUUGUGCAUGUUGUAGAAAUAUAUUUCGGAUUAUAAGAAUAAAGUUUGCAAUUUAAUUUAGAACGAUCAACAUGUCGAAGAUGAAAAUAAAAGUUAUUAGCCGCAAUCCGGAUGAGUAUUUGCGCGCCACAAAACGCGAUAUCCACAAACUACCUCGAAAUUAUGACCCAAGUUUGCAUCCUUUAGAAGCGCCACGUGAAUAUGUGCGCGCAAUGAAUGCAGUUAAACUUGAAAGAGUAUUUGCUAAGCCUUUUAUCGGAAACCUUGACGGGCAUAAAGACGGUGUUUCCAGUAUCGCCAAACACCCGAGCAAGUUAGCAGUCUUGGCUAGUGGAGCUUUUGAUGGUGAAAUUCGCUUGUGGGAUCUAGCUGUAAGGAAAUGUACUAGAAACUUUGUGGCACACGAAGGGUGGGUGCGCGCUCUGUGUUACACACCAAAGGGUGAUACAUUCACUAGUGUUGGUGAUGAUAAGACUAUUAAAACAUGGAAGUCUGAAGUCCAAUCCCCUGAUGAUGAGGAACCUAUAAACACUUUGCUCAGUAUGUCUGUAGUCACAGGAGUUACACAUCACAGAAAUAAACCACUAUUUGCAACAUGUGGUGAACAUUGUCAGCUAUGGGAGAAUACACGUAAUGAGCCUGUGAAAGUUUUCAAAUGGGGAGUGGACAGUCUUCACCAUGUUUCUUUUAACCAGGUAGAACAUAACUUGUUAGCAUCAUGUGCCAGUGACAGAAGUGUAAUUCUAUAUGACUGUCGUGAAUCAGGACCUUUGAGGAAGGUUGUCAUGGAACUGAGGUCCAAUGCCUUGUCAUGGAAUCCAAUGGAAGCCUUUAUAUUCACUGUUGCUAAUGAAGAUUACAAUCUAUACACAUUUGAUGUACGGAAACUCAAACAACCAGUGAACAUUCACAUGGGACACACAUCAGCUGUAAUAGAUGUUGACUAUGCCCCAACCGGGCGAGAGUUUGUAGCUGGCAGUUAUGAUAAAACUGUACGAAUCUUUGAGAGUCUGAAAGGAAACUCCAGAGAUGUUUACCAUACUAAAAGAAUGCAAAGACUGACUUGUGUAAAAUGGACAUUGGACAACAAAUACAUACUAUCUGGCUCUGAUGAAAUGAAUAUAAGAAUGUGGAAAGCCAGAGCAUCUGAAAAGCUUGGUGUGCUUAAACCACGUGAGAGAACUGCUUUGAAUUAUUCAGAAUCAUUGAAGGAAAAGUUCGCUAAUCACCCGCAAGUCAAACGCAUAGCGCGACACAGACAUGUCCCCAAACACAUAUUGAAUGCUCAGAAUGAACUCAGAACAAUCAAGGAGAAGGUAAAGAGAAAGGAAGGCAACCGUCGUGCUCACAGCAAGCCAGGUUCUGUACCCUUUGUGCCUGAACGUCAAAAACAUAUUGUUAAAGAAGAUGAAUGAAAAUACACUCUUAAUAUUUAUAAUAA